AUGAAUUUUUUGCUAAUAAUUUUAGUUUUAUUUUAUACAGUUACACUCUCUUAUUCAAGGCAAAUAAACUCUGUAUUCUUAGCAGCUUUCGAUCCAUUAUACUCCGUUUCAGGCGCCUACAAGAGACUUAAUAGAGAUUUUACAAGUUUAUCAGACAAAUUCGCUAAAAAUUCAGAAGCUCAUAGUGAUACAGCACAAACAGAAUCUAAUAAAGGUAAUGAUAUAGAGUAUGUGGAGCCCACUUCAAGUGAAAAUCCAGAAAUUCAAAAGCUAGGUAAGAGAUAA